GCUCGUGUUGCGCGACAGGCUCGAUCCCCGUUUCGGCAAUGCCCGCGCUUAUAGUGGAUUGUCGAAACCGCAUUGCCGGGGGCCAAACAUAUUGCUUCUUUAAAAGAUGGCGCUGCCGUGAUUCGAUCAACCUGCGCACACCGGCAAUUUCUCCUCAUUCAUGUUGGGUUCCUCAGCGUUCCUGUUGACGCGUGGGCCAUCUUCAACACUAUGCAGCCCAUCUUGGGGCAGGCAAUGACCUGGCCGGCGUUGUUGGGUUGUCUGGCCACCGUUGUGCUUGCUCGCCUGGCAUGGCUGCUCGCAUAUCGCUUGUACCUGCAUCCCCUGGCCUCGUACCCCGGGCCUUUUCUUGCGAAGGUCACUGGCCUGUACAGCCUCGUCAUCAUGCUGGCAGGGAAAGCCACCAGCAGCCGUUACGAAUGGCACAAGCAAUACGGCACGGUGGUUCGCACGGGACCGGACGAGCUGUCCUUCGCCGACGAGGCCUCCAUCAAAGACAUCUACGGCCAGAGCUCCAGUCCCUGCCACAAAGACGCGCGGUUCUACAAGGGAAUCAAGCUGAACAUUGCACACUCCGUCUUCACGACCGUGGACCGCGGCGAACAUGCCCGGAUGCGCCGUCUGCUCGCCCACCAAUUCUCCGCCGCUGGCGUCAGCCAGUGCGUCGGCGACAUCAACGCCAAGGCGAGGCUGUUCUGCGAGAGGAUUCGCUCCGCGGCACAGCCCGUCGACGUCCAUGGCCUGACGCACGACUUGUACCUCGACAUCAUGAGCCAGCUCAGCUUCGCCAAGUCCUUCGACCUUCUCGGUGGAAAGAACAGCGACGACGCCCGAGACAUGGAGGCGUACUUUAGCAUCGCGCCUCUGUACGGCAUGUUCCCUUUGGCAAAGUAUUUGCCGUUUGGCGUAUUUGCGGCGGCGCAGGAGGCAAGGCCGCGCAUCGUGCAGUCCGUGCGGGCUUGUAUAGACGACUUUCGUGAGCGGAUUGCCUCGGAGGAUGUGGACACGGGGGGCCUGUUGCGACAAAUGAUGGAAGCCCAAGACUCUGAGGCCUCGGGCAGCGAGGUUGCGGGCGCCGGCACCAGCACGAACAAGUCCUUCUCCGAUGCAGAGCUCAUCGAGAAUGCCGUCUUAUUCCUCCAGGCGGGGAGCGAGACAACCGCCACUACUCUCAUCUACCUCAUCUACGAGGUCGGCAUCAGACCCGCGGUAUACGCUCGGCUGGCAGAGGAGGUUCGUCGAUCCUUUCCGGACAAGUCUGUGUCGCCAGACCUGGAAACCACAAUGAAUCUGCCGUAUCUAAACUGCGUGAUUCAAGAAGUCCUACGCCUACGAGGCCCGGCAUCUGCGAGCGCGCCUCGCAUCUCACCAGGAAAGAUCAUUGCUGGAAGAUACGUGCCACAGGGAAUCGGCGUCAGCAGCCAGCCCUACUCGACUCAGCGCGACCCUACUGUCUUUCCCGAACCCCUGGAGUUCACACCGGAACGAUGGGAGAAUCCCACUGCCUCGAUGAAAGUGAUGCAACGGCCAUUUCUCUCUGGGCCACGUAAUUGCAUCGGGAUGCAUCUCGCCCGGGCGCAACUCGCUCUUACAGCAUGUGCGCUGUACCAGCAGUUCGACAUUGACGUGGACCGUACCCGUACAAACGACGAUAUGAUGAAACUAGAAGGUUUGGGACUCCAGGGCCCCAAGGGAAAACAACUUUGGAUAUCCGUGAAACCAUCAUGAGCUGGAAGCUUUCCGCGGAACUUCAUGCUUUCAAGUUAACUGGCGACGGGAUUGCAUUUGAGAUGGCCAUAUUGAGGCCUCUUUGUGAGGCGCAACGGGAUACACGCGGCUGCGAAACGCAUCCAAAGUCGUCUCAUAGGGGUGACAGCCUCACAAUAUCACUGCCAACACUCCAGGGCCAAUCAACCAAGCCAAAGUAUGCAUCAAAUGGCAUCACUAUACGAAAGCGGACGAGAGCCCAUGAAAAAUGAAUGCUUGUCGCGUAUGCCAGUCGUAGCUUCAAAAACUUGGCCUG